AACGCAAAUGAGCUGAGCCUGACCAUGACCCGGAAGUAGAGUGACCCCCACUGUCAGUGGCUGUGGGCUGCAGAUCAGUUCCAGAUGGACAUGGAGAUGGACCAGAAUGACAUCACCUACAGGAUCCUCAACCUCACCCUGGAGAUCCUCUACCUGCUGACCGGAGAGAGUUUUCCUCCCGUGAAGUCUGGUGAUCGUCUCACCAUCACGGUUCCUCCACCUCAGUCCCUGAAACCUGAGAGGAAUAAAGAUCAGAAUAUCCUGGAACUGACCACCAUGAUGGUCCAUCUGCUGACAGGAGAGAUGCUUCCGUUCCGGGUGAAAACGUGGAGGAGGACUUGAUGUGGAGGGAAGACGAGGGUCCCCCAGAGGGUCACGAUUACGAGGACUCUACUUCCAGUGAAGAAGGGAUCUUCACAGACACGGAAAAUGAUACUUCCAGAGACUGCGCGCGGUAUUCGUGUCGGAUCCUCGCGGAGGAUUCCGGUGAAGAACGGCGCCUCCCACAGGAAGACAUCCUGCCCCAGACCUCAUCUGGUCUGGCUAAGUCAGAGCUCCCCCCAAACCAAGAAGCCGGCCUCCCAUGUAGGGACACCGUGACCCCUACAGAUCCCACACCGGUCACGUCUAGUCGUGUGAAGGCGGAACCCAACUUGUACAAAGACUUGGACAUCGAUAGUCCGGCGUCUGCCGACAGGAGACCUUAUACACCCCCCCACAUAAAGGAGGAACCCCUCUCAGAUGAAGAGGGACACAUCCCGGAGUCAGACCUUUCGGACCCCAUGGAUUGUUCCCGGCGUUCCUCUAUAAGGGAAGAGUCUUGGGAUGAAGGCGAUUUCCCGAAUAGCGGUCUUUACACCCACCAUGGACAAUACAUAUCGGCCCAUAUCAAGACGGAAUCGGCCUCCGGCGGCAACAACCUGCGGAAGCGGUGGCCUUGCUUCGAAUGCGGGAAGACGCUGUCCACCAGAUCCAAUCUCUUCGUCCACCAGAGGUCGCACGUCCGGAAGAAGCCGUUCGCGUGCGCGGAGUGCGGCAAAGGCUUCUCCAGCCGCGGCUACCUGGCCAUACACCGGCGGAAUCACACGGGGGAACGGCCCUUCGCCUGCUCCGAGUGCGGCGAGAGCUACACGGCCAAGUCCCAGCUGCUGCGCCACCAGACCAAACUGCACAGCGACCGGCGCUUCGUGUGCGCCGACUGCGGACGCUGCUUCAUCGUCAGGUCCGCGCUUAACGAACACCGCAAGAUCCACUCGGGGGAAAAACCCUUCAGCUGCGCCGAGUGCGGCCGCUGCUUCAACAGGAAGUCCAACCUGAUGUCCCACUACAAGGUGCACACCGGAGAGAAACCGCACGGCUGUCCCGACUGCAGCAAGAGCUUCACCACCAAAUCAGUGCUGAGGGCCCACCAGAGGAUCCACAUGGGGCUGAAAUUCAGAUCCUGACCCUGGAGGACUGACCUAAAUGUGGCCCCGAGGGAAAGACUCCUCUGACUGGGAACCAUAGGGACUGGCCUAAAUGUGGCCCCAGGGGACAGACUCUUCUGACUGGGAACCACGGGGACUGUGCUAAAUGUGGCCCCAAGGGACAGACUCUUCUGACUGGGAACCAUGGGGACUGUCCUAAAUGUGACCCCAAGGAACAGACUCUUCUGACUGGGAACCAUGGGAACUGUCCUAAAUGUGGCCCCAAGGGACAGACUCUUCUGACUGGGAACCAUGGGGACUGUCCUAAAUGUGGCCCCAGGGGACAGACUCUUCUGCCUGGGAACUAGGGGG